AUGUAAAAAUAGAGACUCAAAUAAUUGCAACUCGAUUAACCCAAACCAAUCAAGUAAAGUUCUGCAUAUCGUAAAUUUUAUGAUGAACAAUUCAUUCUUCUUUAAUAAUAAUACCCUAAACGAACAACAGAGGAACUUACUAAAUUGAUCAGCUCAAAAUGGAAGGUUAAAGAGAAAAUGAAUAAGCAAAAGUACUUUUAAAAAAAUGGUUUUGUGAACUUAAGCGAUACUGAAAGAGUCCCUGUGCCCUAACCUCCUCCUCCAAUUAUGAUAAUCUUCCAAAAACAAUUGAGGUAGGAUCUUGAGAUGACCCAUCCAGAGUACAGUGGAACUUAGAUAGAUAGCACUAUUAAAUUCGAAUGGGGUUCAAAUUCGGCCUUAAAAGAGAAAGCUGCCGAUGAAUAUAAAAAGUUGAGACAAGAAUAUGAAAACCAAAAGAAAGAAUUCAUAAUUAAAUAUGGUUUCUGGCCAUAACAUAAAAAGCAUUUAGGUGAGUAAGUUAAAUAGAUCCACCAUAACAGUUUACAAAUAAAUCCGUUGGCUUAAUUGCUUAAUAAAAAAGUCAAAAAAGAAUGA